UGCUGUCAUUUCUGCGCGCGCCACAGUUGUGACCUCGUGAUAUAAACAUUUGUGCACACAGCGCUUCUCGGUUGUAUUUAGCGUUGUUUACUAAUGCGUAUUAAUUUAUUCUAGUCUUUGCGCACAAGGGUUUAGAUUAAGUAAUGUUUACGUGUGCUUUAACACACCGGUUAUGUCACGGUGUUUGGAUGGGGUCACUUCAAAGAUAUUCCAGACACCUUACCAGGGCUUCGAUCUGUCAGGCUCUCCGAGCAUUUUCAGGUGCUCCUUCUGUUACGAGGGACUUAAAUAAACCUACAAAGCAAUUAGAUUUAUUAGUUAGUCCUUUCACUAAGGUCAAAUGCCAUUUAGGCUGUAAUAUAUCCAUAGAAUCAUUGGAUCCGCAUGCCUUCCCUGAAGCGGAUCGGGUAUUUAUCACAUUACAGACGACAGAUGCGAAUCAGGCUCUUAAUCUGGACAGAAUUCAUGUUCACUAUGAUGACCAAAGCAAUGAACUGAAGAUUUUGGCCGAUGAUGUUGAUAGCUACGUUUCUGUUGAACUGACAGCACCUAUUAAAUGUGAUCUCCACAUCAAGACUACAGACAAAGGCAAUGUGAAGAUCCAGAACAUGGAGAGUGACCUCUGCCACGUGCACACAGAGAAAGGACACUGUGUUCUGAAGUCUGUGAAGUGUCAUGAGGUUCAGGUUCAUUCCAAUGGUGGAAAUGUUACAGGACUUCGGACUAUACAUGGGAAUGUAGAUAUCAGCACAUCUGCAGACAGUAAUGUCAACAUUAAGAAAAUUCAGGGAACCACCAUGAAUCUGUCUACAGAACAUGGGCAUCUGAAAGUGAAGGCCAUUUAUGCUGAAUCCACCACUGUGUCCACUUCCUCUGGGAACAUCCAGAUUGGCCAUGUACAUGGGGAAGCCUUUGUACGGAGUGAAACAGGAAACAUUAUUAUUGACAGCUCAAGUGGAGCCCUGAAAGUUUUUACUGCAGCUGGAAAUAUUGAUGCCUAUGUAGGUCAAGAUGGGACAGCAGAACUUCAUACUCAACAAGGAACUAUAAAUGUGCGUGUGCCUUCCACUAUGAAAACGGCAGUGCAGUUGUGUGGAUCCUCUGUGAACAUUAGCUCAGAGAUUGCAUGUCAAGAGAAAGAACGUACUUCAUCUGACAGGAAGACAACAGUCACUGCUCAUUUAAAUGGUGGCACAUAUGAAGAACGGUGGAUCAAAGCCACUGCUGAAAACGGUACCAUCAGUCUGAGAGCCCAGAGCUGGUUUGAGACCCUAAGACUUGGAGCAGAGAGCUAAUUCCAGCUAGAGAACUGAUAACUCCUCACUGCCAACUAUUGCCCUCUAGUGGAGAUUCACUCUCAUUCUGGAGAAGGAUAUAACUAUGGUCAAGCUCCAAAAAUGGGCAGGAGCUUCAAAUCGACUAGAAUUACAUGACACUUCACACUUUACAAAAUUAAAGUUGGUGAAUGCAUCUUGUAUAAAAUCAGUUGGUAUAUCUGUGGUGGAAACAAAGAAUAAAGAUUGUAAAUGAUUUGUCAAAACAAGGGAGUUGAAUGGUUUAAUACGCACCAAUUAUAUAUACCCAAGCAAUAACCACAUAAUAAAUACU